AGCAGGGAAAAAAAAACGAACAAAAAACAAACGAAUAGCCUCUGUCAAAAACUUUAGAUGCGUGGGUAGUUGGAUUAUGAAUUGUGAAUUCAAUAACCAGCUCUGUAAUAGAAAUAAGCUUGAAUAUAAAUACCUCGUGGAAAUAAAUAUGAGUAAUCGUGUUCUCUGUUCGUUGCGAUGGUUAUCUUCUGAAGGUUCACUCUAGCGGAAAGCGCUUAAACUAACCAUGAAAAUCAUCAAAUAAUCGACCUGCCUGCCCACUUCCGGAUGGCUAUGUUAUUUUCGUUAUUUUUAGCCAGAUGUGCUAUGUGCUGGCCAUCAUCGUUAUCGUCGAAUAUACAUAUAUGAUCGUUGCGAUCGGCCAGAUUAAGCAGCAAGUAGAUAUGGCCGUAGGUUAGCAUAAUUACCGCACACAUUUCGCGUUUGGGUGAGCACCAGAAGUUAGGAAAGGCAAUCAUCACUUAUAGGGGGUAUCACAAAGGCAUAUUAAUUAGGUAAACAAAAAUAUAGAUAACUCCUUCUGCCAAACUUAACUUCAUCUUUUUUUAUUUCGGUGGCGUUGACAAGACUACACAUACACAUAAAUACACACAUACAUACACACAUACACCAAUAAACUCAGACACAUUUUGGAAUUCCGGGUUUGAUCGUCAGACCGAAGUAAACAAAUUUCCCGUCUCAUCGUUCUACCACGUCCUCGUCCCUUUCCAUUCAGUGGUUCCAUGCCAAAAUCGAGAUGUCUGCCAUCCUGCUGUACGGAAUUUGUCUGGGCCUAUCCAUCCUGCUCCUGCUCGUGGGCGCCAUCCUGGGUCCUCUGAAGCGACUGAUUUUGACCAGGAGCGGUCACAACCAAAUGGCGUUGGUGCCGGCGGCUUCUAGUGCCGUGCAGAGGGCGUCCUACGACCCGUUGGAGCAAUCUUCGUGGCACAAGUCGAUUCGGGACCACAUCCGCCACUUGGCUCGCUACGUUCACGUGCCACCUGAUUUGGAGGAGGCCGGCAUGCCCGAGGAGCUCCGCCGGCAUAUGCAGGUCCUUGUCAUGCUGCAGGAUCACUUCCGCACUGGCCAUUUGCAAAGGACCUCCUCCGUCAGACCCGCGUCUGUGUCCAAUCUUGACCAGAACCAUUAAAAUAAAUAAAGGGAAAAAGCGGCCAUCAGAGCGGGAGUUUGAAAAGAAAAGCAGCUGCCAAUGCCAAUUCGGAUCACAUUCGAGCCAAUCAGCCCCCAAUUAAAUUCUAUUCUUCAUCUCCACCCAACGAGGAGUAAUAAUUUUCUGUCGGGCUAUGGUUUCGGCGUCCCUAAUGAUGUUUUAAUUGCUGUGGCCGUUUCAUUUCCCUGCGAACUAACACUAAUCUCAGGAAGGAAAUGGGAAUAGAAUCGGGCAGGACGUCGCAUGACAAAGAGGCAUUAAGUGCCAAGACAGAACUUUUUUAUUUUAUUGUUGAACUAGUAAACACCCUGAAAAAAUA